GACCACUGGCCGGAGAUGAGUAUGAAGAGGAGCAGGAGCUAUUCAUUGCAGGCCCCAACAACACGCAGGCACCACCAUCGGUGCGCAGAUUCAAGGUUCCCCACUAUGCCACCGGCCCGCUGGACUUCCUCACCUUGUCCUUCUACACGAUGGUGUGGGUUGUUGUCCAUGCCGUCUUCAAGGAGUACCUCUGGGAUCGUUUCCACAAGCCGCUGCGCCUGUCCAAGGCCAAGACCAGUGUGUAUUAUGAGAGCUUCAACCUUGUCACCUACUACUUGAUUGCUGUCGUCUGGGCAUUCUACGUUGCUGGCAAGGAACGGUUGCUGACAGAUGUCGAGCUCUACUGGAGAGACUAUCCUCAUCUCAACAUGACUUUCAGAAUGAAGGUGUUCCUUCUCAUUCAGAUUGGCUACUGGCUGCACAACAUCCCAGAGCUGUAUUUCAUGAAAGCAAAGCGGGAUGAGAUCUCUGCACAGAUCCAGGUGUACAUUUUCAAUGUCAUUCCGCUGAUCAUCAUGUAUUGCCUGCAUUUCCAGCGUAUCGGCACUGUCCUGUUUGCAUUCCAUGCAACAGCAGAGCUCCUCUCUCACCUGCACACCCUGCUCGGUCUCUGGCGACCAGCAGUUGCUGACAAGCUGGUACCGUUCUGGACUCUAAUCUUCAGUGUCGUUCGUAUCUUCUCCGUUGCACUGGCUGUCAUGGUGUUUGGUGUUGGUAUGGCCCGCGAGAAGGAGAUGGACCUGACCCGUGGCAACUACAACACACUCACCGUCAGGAUGAUGAUGGUGACUGGUAUCAUCUUGCUUCAACUGCUGCUCGCCUGGCAGUUUGUCACUGCACGCCUCUCCGCCAUUCGCGAGCACCGCGAACGCAAGGAGAUCCAGUCCAAGCUGGAGCGCCCCUCGGAGCGCCGUCAGCGGCAGCAGAAGGAGAAGAGGGAUGCGGCGGCUGCCACUGCUGAUGAAAAUGACACUGCUGAGGGUGCUGACGUCGCUGCGGCGGAUACCCCCAAGGAUGUGCCGAGUCCUUCCAAGAAGGAAACUUCAACACGGAGACGAGCAGCUGCUGAUGGAAAGAGCAAGCAUUAGCUAGGAGCUUGUUGAUGGCAAUGUAAGUGAGACGGGUGGAUGGAUGGGAGCUCUCUCAACGUGAGUAGUGUCAUUGCUACACUCAAUCCUAUUCCCUUCCCUUACUGUAGAUUCUAAUUGCUGGCAAGUGUAUAUUUUUUUGUCUUGUCGCCUCAUCCACCGGUGAAGACCUAUUAUUUUCGUUAGGAAAUUACCCCACGACACACUAUGGCUGGACGGCAUGCUGUGUUCGUGUCCUAUAGAUGGACGUAUGGUCCCCCUUCUGGCAAGUGUGUGUGUGUGUGUGUGUGUGUGUGUGUGUGUGUGUGCGCGCGCGCGUGUGUGUGUGUAUGUGUGCGCGUGUGUAUGUGUGUGUAUGUGUGCGCGCGUGUGUGUGUGUGUGUGUGUGUGUGUGUGUGUGUGUGUGUGUGUGUGUGUGUGUGUGUGUGUGUGACUACGACUGCCAAGCAAUGGCAGUGCAGUGCAGGCUCUAGUGUAGGAGCAGGACCUGGCUUUAUUACUGGCUCUACAUGGGCUGCUGCUGCAUGUGAAAUAUACCAUUGUUGUGUUCUUUUGGUUUUUUCGUUCUGUAUUUUUCAUUCUAACUCGGGCGGGGCCGAUUUUGUGGUUCCAUUUUCAUUUCAUUUAGAACUCGUCUGCAAACAUUUCUAUUUGAUGUGCCAUGUGGGUGAUGCCCACUUUGCACCCUUCUACUCUCUGAUCUGUCAGGGACUGAUUUAUUAUUUUGAUCUUAACAUCCUCCUCCUCCUCCUCCUCUCUCAUGCCCCCCCCCCCCCUCCCCCUCUGUGCACAAUUAUGUUAGAGAUUUUGUUCUGCUAGUGCAUGAUUCAUGAAGUAUAUUAUUACCCAGCAAUCCAGAUGCUAGCUGAUGGAUUGUGAAUGAUCAUUGUGCAUCAGUGCUUCGUAGCUAGGUAUUCCCUGAAGACGAAUCAACAGUUCUUCUUCCAGUA